CGGCAGGCGGUGGUGCCGGCGGCAGACGUCAGCCGCAGCCUCUCUCUGGGCCCCUCCAUGCUGCAUCGUCCCGCCUCCGUCCCGCCUCCCGCCCUCUCCCCGCGUCCCCGCCAGAGCAGCGUGCCGCUAGGAGCCGCCGAGCCGCCGCCCGCCCUCGCCGGCCUGUCCCCGCUCCGCCGCCCGCAGCGCGUCUCCCUUCGCCGCUCUGGGGUCGCUUGGCGGGGGUGAAUAAACCAGCCGGGCGUGACACCACCCCCCCCCCGCCCCGCCUGCCUUCCCGCCUGCCUUCCCUCCUCCCUUCCCUCCCCCUCCCUUCCCCUCCCUCCCCGUCCCUCCCUCUCUCCGCCUGGUGCCGCCACUGCCGAGGAGGAGGAACAUGGCGAAAGCGGAGCAGGUCCUCAGCCUCGAACCGCAGCACGAGCUCAAAUUCAAAGGUCCUUUCACAGAUGUUGUCACUACAAACCUGAAACUCGGCAAUCCCACAGACAGAAAUGUGUGCUUCAAAGUUAAGACCACAGCACCACGUAGAUACUGUGUAAGGCCUAACAGUGGAAUUAUCGAUGCAGGAACAUCAAUUAAUGUUUCUGUGAUGCUACAGCCUUUUGACUAUGACCCUAAUGAAAAAAGUAAACACAAGUUUAUGGUUCAGUCUAUGUUUGCUCCAGCUGAUACUUCAGAUAUGGAAGCAGUAUGGAAAGAAGCAAAGCCAGAAGAACUCAUGGAUUCGAAACUUAGGUGUGUGUUUGAGCUACCAGCGGAAAAUGAUAAGCCUCAUGACAUAGAAAUAAAUAAAAUUGUAUCCACAACUGCAACAAAGACAGAUUCCUCUGUAAUGUCUAAAUCAAUAAGUUCUUCUUUGGAUGACACUGAAGUUAAGAAAGUAAUGGAAGACUAUAAGAGGCUUCAAGUAGAAGUUCAAAGGUUACGGGAGGAGAAUAAACAGUUUAAGGAAGAAGAUGGACUGCGGAUGAGGAAGGCACCCCAGACAAACAACCCAAUAUCUGCUUCUGCAGCUGCUGUCAAGGACGAAGGGCUCAGCUCCAGACUACUUGCUUUGGUGGUUUUGUUCUUUGUCUUUGGUGUAAUUAUAGGAAAAAUAGCCUUGUAGAGGCAGCAUGCUGGAAAUUGUAAAUUGGUUUGAUGGUUCUGCCAUAUCAUUGGAUUAAAUUUAUUCAUAACAAUGUUUAAAAAAAAUUAAUGUAUGACAUCUCACAGGUCUUGCCUUUAAAUUACCCCUGCACAAAUACUAUGUAACAUAAUCUAGAAAGUUUAAAAUGUACAAUGAGUGAAUGAAUGAAAGAGAAUAUGCUUCAGUGAUGAAGGGGGGGAGAAAAUCAUGAUUUAACACUACAAUGGAAUAUUGUGUAUGUCAUUUUAAACAUUCUUAGACCCUGGUACAUGUUGCUGGAUUACCUCUUUUUAAAAAAAAAAAGGAAAAAAAAAAAGGAAAAAUAGAAAAAAACCUAUUCCUCCACUGCUGGAGCUGGCCCUAUUGGAUGUUUGGAGCUGGGUUAGGCAGGAGGUGUUGAUAACUUCUGUAAAAUACGUUAAUCCACCAUUCUGCUCAUAAAUUUAACAGUUUCUGUCAGUGUCUUCAACUCUGUGCAAGUUACCAAUUUCUUGGCACUUAAAUGAAUAGUGAGAAGCUGAAAAGACUUGUAUGUGGCAAUGCUGAAUGUGCUAGGCAUCAUUAAGAGGCAUAUAUUGACUGAUAUGACGCUCAUUUGGAAUAAAGGUCAAUGCCUUGUUCUCAUAAAGGGACCAAGCUACAUUGCUGUUGGUUCAUUUAGUUGAAUUGAAAUGUUAUUCAGAGAUGUUUAAUGCAUAUUUAACUUAUUUAAUGUAUUUCAUCUCAUGUUUCCUUAUUGUCACAAAAUUGACUAAUACUAUAUGGUAUGAAAAGGCACCUGUUUAAAGCCAGUGACUAGAACUAAAAAUUUGCUGCUGUAGCGAUGCGAGAUUCUUCUGCCUUCUGGUGUUUUGGGCACUACACAAUUGUUGGGAGUUUUGAUCAUCUGAGCAUUGGAGAAACAGUGGUCAGGAAACUGUUUUUGUAUGUAAAUAAGUCUAUCUAGGGGAAAAAAUAUUAGUAGUAAAUUAGUCCUAUGACGUAAAAGACCAAUCCUGUUUGACUAUGUAGCAUCUUAAAAAAAAGAAAAAAAAAAAGAAAAGAAAAAUUAAAUAAAGCCCCCAAAUUAAUGUUUCCUUUGUUACUUUUGUCAUGUUCUCACAGUUUUAGAGGGGGGGAGGAAACAGUAUUCUCUGUUUCAACUUUGUUUAUGACAUAAGGAAACUUGCAGCAUUGUUUCAGGGUGAUUUUUUUUUUCCAGGCUAAUUUUAAAAUCAAUCCAAACCACCCCAUCAUGAGCCUGAUACACGUAAGUGGUGUUCGGAGUAACCAUGCUGCCUGCUGAGGUACAGGGUAACUUCCCAUUUUUCAGUUUAGUUGGGUUCAGUAGUUCAGAGGCUUGAUAGCAUUGGCAGUAAGGUUAAGGUAAUUUUGUUUCUAAGCAUACUUUAGUACAAAAUACAUAAACUCAGUGUGUUUCAACAUGUUGAACUUCAGUAGGUGAAAUCGCUUUUGAGCAGGUAAAUUCCCAUGUAUUCUGAGAUGGUAGGUCCAAAAACUGUCGGUAACAAAAGUUUUUGUAACACCUUUCGGGAUUAAGAUACGUCUUUUAAAAGUGACUUCUUUAAUUCCUUUGUUAUUCCUGUGACUUCUCGAGAAAGCUGUUUGGGCUGCAGCCUGUCUACUACCCUCCUUGACCUUUAUUUGUUCCCCUUGUGUCUCAAGGGUUUCCUGCUUUGCAAGUGCAAAUAAAUUUUAUGUGAGGUUUAAUAAGAAAAUAGGGGAAAAAAAUCUUAACUGGUGUGUUCAGCUUACGAACACAGCUCUGGAGGUACUUCUAGAAGAUUCAACAGAAAUGAGAGGUGUGUCUUCAGCAUUUUAAAAUGCUAGUGCCUUGUCGGCUCAGGAUGGAAGCUAUUAAAGUAUGCCUAUAAAGGGCAGAGAAGAUGGGACAUGAGCUGGAAAGAAUGAAGCAGUGAGUUCAGUGUGACAAAUCGGGCAGAACUGAUCAAGCAGAAGGUACUUUCCGGGCAGUAGAAGCUAAUGAAAACUUUUAUGUAAAACAUUUGAAAAAAAAAAAAAAAAACUUCUUCAGAAAGACAAGGUUGUAAGUGAUGUUGCAAAAUUAGUUUUCAUGGCUUUGAAGAAUAUAUUUGAGAAAACCCUUACUGAAGGAAGACUGAGCUAUACGGGGUUGCUUUUUAAGAGGCUGUAAAUAUCUUGAUCUCACUAAAAAUGCAUUAUCAGAAGAGCUGAAUUCCUAAUUUGCUUUUUAAAAAAAUACUAAAUUUUUGAGACCCCUUUGUUCUGCUGAAAAACAGCCUCCAAAAAGUUUGUUUAAAAAAAAAAUAAAAAUCACUGCCUUUGCAGGGCAAAGGGGGAGGAUCGAAGCUUUAAAGUGGUCUCCUGUGAGUAUAUCUGUAAUAAUGUUCCAGGCAAAUUUUACACACGCUGUUAGCUACCACAGCUGACUCUGCUGGCACAGGCAGCUCCCAGAUGAAGGGGAAAGCCCGCAGAAUGUCUGUCCUCCUUCCAGAGUUCAGGAGUCACUUAGAGAUCUGUGACAACUUGGAACUUAAAAUCAUUUGUGAGCAAAGUUGUUCCUGUUGUUUGCACUCUAGGAUUAUAAAGAGGUCCCAGAAAACACUCUCAUGCUUUGCUAGAUGCCUUACACACGCGUGAUGGAGGAGAGCAACAAACGGAGGACCCUAGUGAGUUAAGGAGCUGUUGGCACUGACUGUAGCCUGUGGUUGGGGCUGACCCACACCAUCAGUCCUAAACAAGACACUUAAAGUAACUGCUUAUAUUUUGGAACUUAACAAAAUUCUGAGGUCUUUCCUAACCGUUCUGACAACAGCCUGAACAGACAGUAGCACUGAAUUGUCAGAGUAGUGCUUUGCCUUUGUGAGCUUAAAAGAAAACAGCUGAUCAGUGGAAUCCUUGUUACCUGUCUGUUUGACCGGAGCCUUCUUUCAUAUGCAGUGGAAAGAAAUCUAAAGAUGAUUUUUCUUGCAAGGUUCCUAAAAGGCCAGUCUGUAGAUACAUUGCAAAAAUAUAUUGGACGGAUGUUCUUAAGCCACCUGGAUCUUUUGUGAGUUGUUCCUUACGUGACGACACCAGAGCAAAUGUUUUCAUGAAGUAUUCAUAGAAAGUGAACUAUUCUGGAGGGCAUUGUGUAUCUUAAGAAGUUAUGCAUGAAACAUAGAGAUUCUAAAUAAGAUUAUUGUCUGGUGUCCUCACAUACCAGAUAUUAGAAAACAGUAAUUGAUACAUGAUAGUAGAAAUCAAGUUAUUACUUAAUCUAAUUAUUGUCCUUACUGUUAUUAUAGAUGCCCACUUGCAAAUACAUUUAUUGUUAAUUUUUGUAAGCCAGUAGAGGCUGCUUAGGUAGUCUUCAUUUUGUGGAGCUUUACACUCCUGUCUGCACUCUUUGGGCAAAUGUGGUAUAAAUAGAUCUAUCUAAAAUGUCUUGAAGCCUAGUACUGGGAAAUGAAUGGAAAAUGGUUUCUACUAUUUUCAUGUAGUUAUCCGCAUCUUAAAGCAAAUAUUCCGUGCAUGACUGAGGAUGGCUAUUGCUCUGCAUUGGCAGUUGUCAGCUGUGAGCGCACAACUGCAACAAUUGCACGUGCAAGCUAGGCACCCAGUUUCAAGUUACUGUUGAAUAGCCUUAGGGAUUGAAGGGCGAGAUAAUACCAUGUGUGUCACGUUACAAGGGAUUGAUGUACCAUAACGUCAUUUUCUAAAAAUACAGGAUUGUAAUAGCUUGAUGGUGGUAUUCCAUGUAACUUUUUUGUCCUGAAAUGCUGUUAGUGGGAUAAAGUUGGAACCUCACUUUGCAAAUGGCUAGUUUCUUCUCACCAAUAAACUAUAAAGGGUUUCUAUUCACUACACAUGUAAACUUGCAGUUCUUAUUAUAAUCUUGACUUAGCAUAUUUACAUAGUGGUGUGCGCACAAAAAUGGAUUGUUAAUGUCUUAAGAUACUUGAUGUUGCAGUUGCCUAAUGAAAGAAAACUCUGUCAUCCCUUUUCUUUAGAAAAUGUGUAUGACACUCAUCUCUGAAUUGGAACACUUCUUAAUUCUCUGGCACUAUAGUGACUUAACUGUAGUAUUUUACGUUUUUGAAACUACACUUCUCUUGCUCUACGUGAUGUCCUGAAAUGCCAUAUCCUGAGUUCUGUUUUAUAUAUAAAGUAACUGAGAAAAAAACACAACCAAAAAUCCCUCUGUUUGAAAUUAAAGAACAUGUAAAACAAGCACUCUGAACUCAAUGUUUGUUGUGGCUGUGUUACAGCUGCAAUAGUACUUCACAGCAGCACGAGAGCAGUUUGGGGGCGGAGAGCCGCUUUUUCAUUGUUUGAAAAUGGGUUUGCAUCCAUUACUCAAAUCCUCAAGUGAGCAAGUUGAGAAGGGGCAGGUGGUGGGUGAAUUUCAGUACAGAUACUUGAGAUUUUGGAGGGGGGAGUUGAGUCAGAAACACUAAUGUAAAAAGAAGACAGUAAUCUGUACAGGAGUGAGACUAGUUCAGUACCGUACGUGGAAGUUAAUAUUCUUUGUAAUCAGAUACAUGUCUACAAAUUCAGUUUACUAAUUGGAAAAUAUUUGUAUAAACCAAUGUUUAGGCAUUUGAGAAAGAAAAGCAACUACUGAGCAAGGCUGCUUGCUCAUAUAGCAAAACCUAGCAGUUAAAAGAUGACAGUGGGAUGCAGUGCUGGUAUCAAUCGUCUGUUACAGUUAGACAAACAGUGGGAUUUGUUGUUCAAGCAGGGCAAUGCUGAUCCUUUGACCAUGUCCAAUUAAGAUUUCUUUAUAUUAUGCUGACAGCUUCAUGUAUACUGAAUUGCUUUGUCUAAUGGGUAUGAGUGCAAAAGUGGCAUUGCUCAUUGUGCUGUUAUUAACUUUUAUUUUGAUUAGCUUCAGAGGACAAAGUAAUUGUCGUUUCCACUACUCAAAUCUGCUUAACUAUAAAAUGUGUUUGUUUUAUUAACGGGUUGAUUUUUUUUUAAAUGGGAUAAAUGCAGAUUGUUUUUUUAAAUAACACAAGUAAGAACCAGCCAGAAAUCUCUUAUAUGUAAUAUUUGAAUAAGCAUGCAUUUGCACACUUCCAAAAUGACUAUAUACCUGUCACUCCACUGUUUCCUGUGGCUUCAUUUCCUUUUACCGUACUGCUUUCAUGUUUCUACUUUGAAGAGUAAAACUUCUGAAAACCUUACUAAACUUCCACAUAGAUCUUUUUGCCUCCCAGUCCAGGCCUAAGUUUGUCCUGAAGCUUCUGCGUGAGUGAAAGCUACAAAAUGGGACACUGAGUCCGCGAGCACAGAACCAAGGCUGCUUUUCCGUGAAGCAAACUUGAACUUUGGAUCUUUCCUCCUAUGAUCUGUCAUUAGAAAAUGGCCUUUUCCAGAUGGCAAAACAAAAGAAGUUAAGAAAACAAAUGAAUUAAGAAGAAUUAAUUGAAGCCGCAUAUUACAAGUUGACAUUAUACAUCUGGCAUUUCUGUUUGUUUCUGCAUCAGUACAUUUCAUUUCUAUUUAAUAAGUUCCUAAUUUUGUGACUUUUUUUUUCAAGUUUUCGAAGUGCCUGUGAAGAACUGAAGCACAGCCCGUAGUAAAGUAUUGUUCCCACUUUAGCUGUACUUCAUUUUUUUUAAUCAAAUCUUUUUCUUCAGUGGAUAAACUCACAAGAUUAGAAAAGCCUCUUGAACUCCCUCGUGUUUGAGUUGGCAGAAUUCCCACACACAAUUAUCCACACGCAACUACUUUUGAAAGGCCUUUAUUAAGGCGGUAUGAAGUCAAGCUCUCAGAAGUUAGGAAAUGGCAAAGCCAAGUUUGUGCACUGUUAGUUCGGCUGUUUUUUGUGAGCACGUUGCACUGUCUGACCAAGCUUUCAGUCCCUGGUCGGAAAGUGAGCCAAGGCCGCCCCGAUGGCAUCUAAAACUGCCCAGCUUCGCGUGCCUGACCUUAUAUAAUCUUAAGUUCUCUUCAGAUACGUAUAGUUGGGGGUUUAAAAGUUGAACUUAAAAAAUGGCACCAUGAUGGUAUUAGGUGUAAGCCACAUGUGUAUCAGGACCGAAUCCUCUAUGUUCUGCGUACAGGCGCCUGUUCUUGACCCAAGCAUCCGAGGUGGUGGUGAGUAACGGAGCUGCAGGAGCAGGGUCUGUGGCCGCGUUUCGCUGGCUGGCUGCACACAACUGUGACUGGAGCCAGGAAUUUCUGCUUCAGUUCUGAGCCCAACAGAGCGUUUCUGUGAAGGUUGCAGACUCUCCAGCUCAGUUUCUUUCCUGACCUAUUCUGCCUGAGCUGUCAAAUCUCACUCCGUUCCCUCCCUCAGCCCUUUGGUUCCAUCCAAGUCAUCCUUAUUCCUUCACUGCUCCUUGGCAAAGGAACCGAUGUUCAGCCCAGCAUCUUUCAAUGCCUUUUCUUCUCUGCUCCCUAUUUAUUUUCCAUUGCCUUUCUUCCCAUUGCCCUUCCAGUCUUGCUCUUCCCCGACUGCCUGACCCGGACUUCGGGCCCACAGCUCCCUUGACAUGUGUCACUCCGGCCCCACACGCCUUUUCCCAUCCACCCUAGGGAACCACUCACCUUUCUGCUGCUGCUUUGAUCAAAUUCGUUCCUUUUUCCUCUUUGCUCUCUGGAGAUUGAGCAAUGAGUCUUGCCAGUCAUCUCCUUUCUGUCCCCAGCUUUUUUCUGCCAUUUCAAUGCAGCAGUUUUAUUUAUAGUAACUAGUGUGCUUUUGUAUUCAGCCGGGAUUGUUUAUCAAGCAAAGCAUUAGCUCAAUGCUGUUAAUACAUCCAAAAGUGUUUUAAAACUUUCUGUGUUUUGUUUAAGAAUUGAGAAAUCUAGAACGCAAAACACAUUCUACGGUAUUUUACACCAUGGGGCGUGAAGGUGGCUAAUUGGAAAAAUAAGUUACUGUUAAUUGAGCUGUGAAGAGAUCAGACCCAUGACUACGUUUGUCCGGCAAAUUCAGCUCAUGCUUUAAAUUUUUGUGCCUGCUUUGCAAAGGCAACUUUUCUGAAGCUUCUGAUACUAAAGAAGGUACAAAAGACUUCCAUGCUCAGACUUAGCGCAGGAAGCUGGUAAAUGUAUUCGGAGUGUUUGAAAAUUAUUUUAUUUUCCUCUGCUUUUUGAAGUGGUUAAAAAAUGAUUAGAUUUUUGAAAAGUACUAUGUGAGGACUGAAUGGGGAAGAGGUUUCCAAGACACGUGUGCCUGUUAUCAUUGACUUUUGGCUGGUACUAACCUGUCAGUGCUUCUGUUAGCCUGGUUUUUCUUCGCAGGUACAAUAAAAAGGUAUCUAUUGAUUUUACAGUCGAAAGGAAUACAGUAGUCAGGACUAAUGUUUGUUUGUGUCCUAGACCUGUUUUUCUAAUGCAGUGUUAGACAUGAAACAUUAAGGUAUUUGGAUUUGUCGUGUUUAUGCCAGAUAAAGAUAAAUGAAUCACAGAACCAGAAGUUGGUGGUUGCCGUGGAAUCCCGAUUACGUUGGAGUUAGGCAUACAGCCAUGCAAACUGCUAAUAAACGUAACUGGUGCUUCAGAAAGGCAGAGCUGAGCAAAUUUCAUAUCAGCUCUGGUAGUGAAGAAGAAACGAGAUGGAGAACUGAAUUAGAAUUGGCAGUUUUCUAAGUGAAAGCUAUUAAAUGGCCAAAACCCCAACAAUUUUGCCAUCAAGAAGGGGGACAACUUUGGCUAACCGCCCAUCCUAUUUCAGUGAUGAAAUGAAGGGAAAAAUUAGAUGUAAAGUAAUAUAAAACAAAUAAGAAAAAGGGAAGCAGACAGCAAUCAACUCAAAAUGAGAGUUAUGAAGUGCAGAAAAUUAAUAAGGAAAGCAAUAGCCAAAGGAAAAGAGGAAUGUAUGGGUUGGAGAGCUGAAGUUCAGAGGAAGUCUUUGCGGUAGGAUAAGGACCAUUACUAGAUGCAGGUGGUAAAAACUGCUAGUGAUGAUGUAAGAGAACUGGAAAGGUGAUGUCACUCAUGAGCAAUGCUCAAUAUUAAAAAUUAACAUUUUAAAUUCGUUAGGUCUAGAAACCUUGUACCAGUAUUUCUGAGGGAGGUUCCUGGGGCAGUCUGACCCGCGGAUGAGAGGGAUGGCAAACAGGAGAGGACGCUCAGGUGAGGUGCUUGGCUAGGUCAGCACCCCCAGGGAAGGGAUGGCGGAGGAGACGAAUGUUAACGUAGGAGCAUGAUGUAAAUCGUUUCGUUCUACCUUUGGUUUUCAGUUUUCUUUGGGAUUAGAGGGAGCUGAGUAUGUCUGGGCCCCUGCAAAGCUUGGUGUUUUCUGACAAUCAGACCUUCGGGAAGGACGUUUAAAGAGAACCAGAGUGAAAUAGGGAUGCUCAUAGAAGGGUUCUGCUGGGACCCAACACCGUUCCGUGGUUCCAGAUCGCUGGUGAAAAUAGAUGCAAAAUCACUACUGAUAAAACAUUAACGUGGCAAAAAUAUCCAUACUCGGGACCAGAGUGAGUAAGAGCUCCACGUGCAUUCCCAGUGCAGUCCCAGGGUGAGAGACUAACGAAUAAGAAUGUGUUCUUGGUUUUAAUUACCGUUAGCAUUAAGUGAUUAUACUUCUGUAUGUCUCAGCUGCGAGAGUUGGGAAUUUUGGAUGCAAUUUGGAUAUUUACAUUUUAAAAGAAAAGCUGAGUAAUUGGAAUGGAUGCAAAAAAAGAUUCAAAAAUGACUGGUGGAGAGUGAAAAUGCCUUAGAGAGGGUGAGAGAGAAAGUCAGUUGGCUGAGUUUAUCUGCCAAAAUGGAGAAUGUCUUGAUUACAGUGCGCAAAUACCUUCACGGGGAGAAAAUACUGAACACUGUGGCUCUCCAAUCUUAAAAAGAGCAACACAACAAGAAUCGCUGACUGGCAAUCGAAGCCAGGCAAAUUCAAAUUGGAAAAAGGCACAAAUUCCUAAGAGAGAGUAACUGUGUAAUUUAGGAAUGUUUCUCCAAAAACUGUGAACAGAACAAUAAAAGUUACGAUAUUUAUGCAAA